AUGGAAAAGUGCCACAUGAAAAACAGCAGUCUAUCUGUUUUGUCGUCACAGCAAAAAUCAGAAGAAACGAGUUCUAAUGGAGCAAAUGACGCUAUUAUGAAUAGUAAGGCCGAAAAGUGCUCGAUUUGUUUGGGGAUUCCCAUGUUUGAUGAAACAACUUUGGAUGGCUGUUCACAUAAGUAUUGUUAUCCAUGUAUAACGGAAUGGAUCAAGUUACGGCCCAUCUGUCCGAUGUGUAAACGUUCAGUAUCAAAAGUUAUCCACCACGUAAAAAAAGAUGACAAUGAUGCUGAGGCCAUAGAAGAAAUAACAGUGGAGGUGAUUCAACGGCAAGCAAUAAGAGAAAGAAUUGAAACCGACUCCGCACGUCCACUUAUAAGAGAACGCGCUGAAUUAGUACGUCGCAUACGCCAUCUUCAAAGGCUCGUUCGUUUGCAGGACCACAUGUUAAACGAAAGACAAAGAUCAGAAAUAUUGGAAAGUGAUAGCUAUCGACAUGAAUAUGUUGAUCGGAUUAAUCGCUAUCAGUUGCUUUUGGAUAAUUGGGAAAGGCCAAGAGGUGAAGUAAUAUCCGACCCAGCAUUUCGAAUCUUGGUUUAUGAUCUUCGGUUGCAGCGUGUACCAGUAGUUAAUACUGUUAAUGCAGGAAUUCGUCGCAAUAGUGUUUCACCUCAGUAUUUUCGAAAUAAUGAAAGAAGUGAGCGAGCACGUAUUUCUGAAUUUGUUCGACGUGAGCUAAAUGCUAUUUUACCAGGUAUACAUAAUUUGGAACGCGUUGCUGAACUUGUGUAUGAUUUAGCCAAGUCCCAUCAAAUUAUGUCGCCUCAGUUUACUUCUUGCCUUCGCGAGGAAUGCCCUGUUUUAGUCAAUUUUGUUGAUCACUUUGUAGAACUGCUAUAUGAAUUUGCUGUCAGUGGUCAGGAGAUAACUUUGUUCGAUCAAAAUAGCGAAUAUAUCAGUAGAACAGAGUAUAGGCGGCGAUUGACAAACAUGAAUUUGGUGUUCUUUGGAGGUAAUGUUAAUGAUGACGAUAUUCAGGUUGAACUGGAAAAUCUGUAUCCACCCAAUAGAAAUCAAGCCUCUAGACAGAUACUGCCACAGGAUCGUGAUGAAAGAAUAUCGCCAUCACAUUUGCAUUUUGUGUCCGCUUAUACUGAUGCGUUAAUAAGUUUGCGGCGCUUGCUUCUCAUUCUUGAAACAAGUGAUGAGAUGCUUCCUCCAAAUGAAGAAAUAUCUCUGGGCAACACAAUCGAAGCAAUUAUUCAAGGUUAUGUGCAAUAUCGUCAUCGAAUGCGAAAUAGGCGAGGAAAUUCAAAUCAACAAAGAGUACAGCAGAAUAGCGAUCACAAUGGAGAAAUUGUUUUAAGCGAUGGUGCUGAUGAUGACGAACAGAGUUUUUCAAAUGCUGCUAGCAGAGGAAAUUCUAUAUCAGUUUCUCGUAGUCGACGUCUAUUUGGGCGUUUGCGUCGGCGCCGCAGAAGUCAACGAUUAAUGGGUUUGCAAUUUCGUCACGGGAUAUUACGUUCUGAUCUCGAUCAUAGAUACCUGAAUAGGAUGUUACUGAGUGUUGAUCGAGAUAGAAAUACUCGAAGAGGUUUCUUAUUGGCUUAUCCUAAUAUCUCAUCGAUGGGAGUUACAGAUGAGGCAGUGGCAGUGGCUACAUCAUUUAAUAAUGAUGCAGUAAUCGAUUUGGAGGAAUCGUCCACUUUAGGUGAUGACGACGUUAUGGUCAUUAGUGAAUCAUUUGAAGAACUAAAUGGCCGUGGCAGGAAUGUCAAUAACGAUGAUAUUGUUAUUGAUGACGAUGCUCAAGAGCAGGAUAUCAUAGUUGAUGGGAACAACAGUCAGGCUGCUGUUAAUACUAGCAUUGUUCUAGAUGAUGAUAUUUGA